AUGUCGGCAAACAUUGACGAAUUAAACGCCGUGAACGAAGCCGCUCGCUUCCAUGACGUCGUGACGAGCUACUUUCGUGUGGCCAGCGCUGGUUUAAAGCAGCAAAAACGGGGCAAACAGCGAUACCAACGCAGUGGGUCGUCGUCCCACGUCGCGUCGAACGACGUGGCCGAUGGUUCCGGCACUGCUUUGGAGCAACUGAAGCGACUGUUGCGCGACGCGUCCGCUGCUGUACAAUCUCAGUACAUUCAGCGACUCCAUGCGGUGCUUUUGCAUCAACUGAAGCGGGCAACGCAAUCGCCUAUUGUUUUUACAAAGGCUAUCGAGCUGUGCAGGGAACUAUUCCACCGCUCAGCAGUGUUCCGAGCGCUCAUUUCGACGCAGACGGCUUUAUUUUUUGAUCAAAUGCUCGUUGCUGCCGGAGCCAAUCCAAGUGCCAAUGUAUCCAAAGCUUUGCGUAGUCAAAGUCGGAACUCGACACACGUGACGGCGGUACUGACGCUUAUUGAAAAUUGGAAAGAAGAUUUCGGAGACAAGUACCCGGCGCUUGUUGCUGGCCAUGCAGUGCUGAUGGAAAGAGGGUACGAGUUCCCACACGCACGUGAAAAGAAAAAGCAGGAGAUUGCGCACAUUGCCAACACUAGACAUCAUCGAGCGCGAGUUAGUGCUGUGAAAAAGCAGCAGCGCGAUCGAGAGAUGAAGCGGUAUGUGCCAGAGAUGGAGCAAGUGCUUGUGGAGAUGAAUCGGGUGUUUGAGAUUUUGGUGCCGACGCUGGACGCGUUUUACCUAUCAGAUAAUGAAGAGAAACGACAGUCGUCACUGGCAUCUGAUGUUGAUGUAGCUGCAGCAAACCAAGAGGAAGCGAGUCGUGAGUCGACGAAUGGCUUGCAAAGCGUUAUCGAGAGCAGGACACCAUGCGACGAGGAUGAUUCGGAGAACGUUGAGUGGGAAGAUGUGGCUGUCCCAGCAACACCACGAGCUGAUACAGGGGAAGAAGAGAUGCAGUACGACGAUCUGGCUGAGGACAAGCGCGCUUGCGAUGUUGAUGUGGACUGUGAUUCGGACGGAGACUACGAUGACAGCGGCACACUCGAUAUCAACGAUAUCGUGCAGGCUUACGGCCUCGGUAGCUCGUCGUACCGCCUAACUGUGGAAGUAUCCAAGCGGGCGUGUGAGGAGUCUUCUGACAAUGACGCGCUGUUUCGAAACUUGGCUGACGGUGCUCUUCGAUUGCGGAAGCGCUUCAUACCGUUGUUGGAUGAUUGGAAAGAUUACACUACGAAGACAGAACGGUCUGCGUCCAGCGAGUCAACACUGCUUUCUCAAAUUCAGGAUCUGCGCGACCGAAUGACACAUGCGUUGAUGAAGUGGGACGAUCUCGUUCGGGGCUCGAAAGUGUUCAAGCGAGACGCUUUGGUCAGAUGCGCAGUGGUCUCCUUGCCUCUCGACACGUACAAGCCUGCCACCAAGCGUAGACGUCAAUAG